GUCGGGUCUCGAUACGUAGGUUUGAAAUAACAAAUUAACAAUAUAGGUAUAUACUUCCCCUUCAGUUCGCCGGCGCUCGCGGUGCUGCGCUCUCUCUCGAGCUGGCCACAAAACAAGGUGUAUACCAUUUAGAUAUAGAAAUGGCGAGGACAGUAGUAAUACUGACCCAGAGAGCAACAUUGAGGUAUUUAUGAUCAACUCGCAAAGUGGUCCAGGUCUUCUCUUUCCCGAGGGUUUUACAGAAAACAAUGGAUGAAAUAGACCAUUACGAAGUUCUAGGGCUAAUUUCAGGCGAAGAAGGAUCAAUACUCACUGAGAAAGAAAUCUCAAAAGCAUACCGUAAAAAAGCCCUAGAAUUGCAUCCAGAUAAACACCUCAACGAUCCAAAUGCUCCGGCUAGAUUUCAGAAACUUCAAUUCUCUUAUGAAAUCCUCAAAGACCAGAAAGCUAGGAAAGAAUUCGACGAAUUACUCAAGGUUAGGAGAGAGAAACAGGCACGCAGCAAGCAGUAUGAUUCGAAACGACGUCGGAUGAUGUCGGAUUUGGAGGAGAGAGAAAGAGCAGCAGCGUAUGUUGAUCCGGAGAAGAAGGCGAAAGAUGAAGAAGAGAGGAUUAUGAAGAAAUUGAGUGAGGAAAUUGCUCGAAUUCGGGCCAUGAUGGCGAAAAAGUCUGAGGUUGAGAAACAAGUGAGGAGUGAGAAUGUAGGUAGUGGUAAUGGUGGUGGUGGUGGUGUGGAAUUGGAUAGGAGUAAGGUGUUGAAUGUGAGUUGGGAGAAGGUUGUUUCGGAUUAUACCGCGAGUCGAUUGAGGGAAUUGUUUGAGGAAUUUGGAGAGGUUGAAGAUGUUGUUAUUAGGAGUUCUAAGAAGAAAGGUCGUGGAAUUGUUGUCAUGGCGUCAAAAGAGGGUGUGGUUGCUGCUACUGGAGUUAUGAUUGGUGAUUUAUCGAAUCCAUUGCUGGUUUUGCCACUCGAACCGGUUAAUCCAGUGCCGUCUGUAAGAGCUCAAGAGCCAGUGGAACAAGAUGAAGCACUUCGGGGGAAUAUUAUUGGGGCUGGAUUUCAGGCGCGCGAGGAUUCGAUUCUCGAGAAAAUGCGAAAGGCCGCCGAGAGACAGAAAGCAGCCAAGAAGGAAGAAUAAAACAAAGUGCUAUUUUUGGGGAGUCCUUGAGCAGAGCCGUGGAGCAGGAGAGGAUUGUUGUAUCUUUUUCCGGUUUGGUUUCUUGAUAUCUCUAGAUAGCAUACAACUCAUGUCUUAGAGACAUUUAACGGUAGAACCUUGGGCUUCACCCAACAGCCUGUCAAAGGCAUUUGACUGAAGCUAGGAUUGUCAUCGGAGAAUUACAUCAUAGCCCAAUGGUCUAUGGAUACACGUAUCGGGUUGGAAGCUACUUGUAGCUCGCAAGCUUAAACACUUGAAAAACCUGUAUAUUGAAUUUACCUUUGUAACAUCUUUGUACAAUCAGUGUCCAUGGAGAAUUGUAAUAUUGAAUUUAUCUGAGCA